UGCCUAUCAUUUUGCCAACGAACGUUCUUUCUUUCAUCACAGCUCAGCCUGACGCAAACCGCUCAGGCUGAUCUCUUCCAUUUUACAGCCAUUUCCCAGCUCAGAUCUCUGAUCCGGAAAAGGAGUUAGAGCAAUCAAGAUGAAGGCACUCAUUCUUGUUGGAGGCUUCGGCACUCGGUUGAGACCAUUGACUCUUAGUUUCCCAAAGCCGCUCGUUGAUUUUGCAAAUAAACCCAUGAUCCUUCAUCAGAUAGAGGCUCUUAAGGCAGUUGGAGUUGAUGAAGUGGUUUUGGCCAUCAAUUACCAGCCAGAGGUGAUGCUGAACUUCUUGAAGGACUUUGAGACCAAGCUCGAAAUCAAAAUCACUUGCUCACAAGAGACCGAGCCACUAGGUACGGCUGGUCCUUUGGCUCUAGCGAGAGACAAAUUGGUUGAUGGAUCUGGAGAGCCCUUCUUUGUUCUUAACAGUGAUGUGAUUAGUGAGUACCCACUUAAAGAAAUGCUUGAGUUUCACAAAACUCACGGCGGGGAAGCCUCCAUAAUGGUGACAAAGGUGGAUGAACCGUCUAAAUAUGGAGUGGUUGUUAUGGAAGAAAGUACAGGAAAAGUGGAGAAGUUUGUGGAAAAGCCAAAACUGUAUGUAGGCAACAAGAUCAACGCUGGGAUUUAUCUUCUGAACCCAUCUGUUCUUGACAAGAUUGAGCUAAGACCGACCUCGAUCGAAAAAGAGACCUUCCCUAAGAUUGCAGCAGCGCAAGGGCUCUAUGCUAUGGUCCUACCGGGAUUUUGGAUGGACAUUGGGCAACCCCGUGACUACAUAACCGGUUUGAGACUCUACUUAGACUCCCUUAGAAAGAAAUCUCCUGCCAAGUUAACCAGUGGUCCACACAUUGUUGGGAAUGUUCUUGUUGAUGAAACCGCUACGAUUGGGGAAGGAUGUUUGAUUGGACCAGACGUUGCCAUUGGUCCGGGAUGCAUUGUUGAGUCAGGAGUCAGGCUCUCGCGAUGCACGGUCAUGCGUGGAGUCCGCAUCAAGAAGCAUGCAUGUAUCUCGAGCAGUAUCAUCGGGUGGCACUCAACGGUUGGACAAUGGGCCAGGAUUGAGAACAUGACGAUCCUUGGAGAAGAUGUUCAUGUGAGCGAUGAGAUCUAUAGCAAUGGAGGAGUUGUUUUACCACACAAGGAGAUCAAAUCAAACAUCUUGAAGCCAGAGAUAGUGAUGUGAAAAAUGUGAUAUUAUAUGUGCAACUUUUUUUUUUUGUGUGUCCUUUCUUCAACUUUAAAAUCGCUUUCGUUAUUCUUAUUGGCUUUUGAAUAAGCAAGCAUCAAUCAAAACGCUGUAUAUCUUGUUAGGGUCAUUUGGUGUUUUGUCUCUUUUUGUUUUUGUAAUUUAUUAAAACUAUUCUCAGUUU